GGGCUAUGGUGAAAGUGACAGUCCUAAAGGGUGAGAACACUACAAGACGUCAUUAUUGGUUAAUGACAUGAAAGAAAUUGUAAGUGCACUUACAUGUAUUGCUGAAACAGCAGAUUGAGUAUGCACCUCAUAAACUUUGUUAUAAAAUAUUUUGUAGAUUCAAAGGACACUUUUAAAUUAAACAUCAUAGUCUACAAGAUUUUGUAAAAAGAUCACAAAUCCAUAAAAAAACAAAACAAAACAAAAGAAUUUUAAUAACUAAGAAUAAGAAACGUUUUUCUUGAAUGUGUGUACAGCUUUGAGUACAUUGACCAAUCCAGAAAUAAGGGCUAUGAUAUGUUAUAUUAUACUGUGUUGCAAAGGAGUACAUGUAUCACAGUGUUUUUGCAGAUGGUAGAAGAAAAAUUAUUUUUUAUUUUUUAUUUAUAACGGUACCCAGUAACAGUAUAGGAUUGAUAAUGUGAGUUCCAAAAAGAUAUUAUAAUUAAAAAUUGUGAUUUACUGAUUUAUUGUUCUAUUUAUUAAUUUUUUUACAGAUUGAGGCACUUGGAUACAAAUCUUGCACUUUGCUGAGUCAUGACUGGGGUGGAGCUUUGGCAUGGUAAGGUGGCCACUGUACCAUAAUAAUCUCGCAGACACUUGUCCAUUAUAAAUUUGGAGGUAUUUUGCGAUAUUAAUUCAAUGAUGUCAAAAGUGCAGGAACUGUCAUCCAGAGACAGCAAAGAAAGAACAACUGGUACGAUACCAAUUCUAGGUCUGCCUUAAGGCCUGCCUUGAAAAGGUGUCUGGGAUCUUUAUAUGUUAUGAAAAACUGCCCACCUACCCCUCCCCUAAGCCAACAUUAACACUUUCUUCUCACUUAGGGCAAAAUGUUGCCUUAGGGGAGGGGUAGUUGGGCAGUUUCCGAGAGACAUAUAAUGAUCCAGGCAUGCCUUAUAGAAAGUGAAAGAAAAGAACUAAAGAAAUGCUGGGAUUAUUUGUCGGUGUCCAUUUUAGGGAGCUGUCUGUCUUAUAGAGGGGAGUUUGUCCGGAGUAAGUUGAGUGUACAUCAAGUUGGUGUGAAAAAGACAUUGUUAGAGUUCUCACUUUUUUGCUGAAGAUAAUUCAUGAUGACCAAAGUGAUUUAUCGUUGUCAGAGGAAGAAGGUGAUGAUGAGGAGGAAAAUCAAGGGAGCAGUAAAGAAGAUAAACCGUGAUCUGCUUUGUGUACUUUUUUUACGGCGAACUAACUUGUUUUCUGAUAUAUCCAACAAUAAAUGUGUUUUCCCAUUGUUCACUUCAUGUAAAGCAAUAGUCUAUUUUAAAAUUCCACGAGGAGGUUAAACUUUCAGAUUGAUUUGCUGUAUGGAUAUUAGGCCUUUGAAUUUGAUUUUGAAUACAAGAUCGAGUCACGUGCAACUAAACGUUGGCUAUUGUACCAUUAACGAUGGUUAAUCAGAGUCUCUUGGUUUCCCAACACGCACUACUGUAAAAUUAAAAAAAUUAGUAAAAUUAAAAAAAAUUUUACUAAUUUUACUAAUUAGUAUAAUUAAAAAAAUUAGUAAAAUUAGAGUACUGGCUGCCUGGAAAAACCAUAGAGGCUAGUGGAGCCAGGCAGCCACUUGAUAAUGGUAAUAAUACUAAGCUGGAGUCCAAUUCGGUCUGUAAUCAUACGAGUGAUAAACAAAAUCAGACUACCGCGUAGCAGGAGUCUGGUUUGCUUAAUCACGAGUAGAGUAAAGACGCGGCGGUCGCAUAGCGCGGGAAAAUGCCACGACUUGUUUCCCUGUGGGGCCAGUCACACAGCGAAGUGACGUAGAAUUAACCAAACUGACCAAUCACCGUUCGUGCAAGUCACUUAACCAAACAGAAAUCGAGGCGAUUACGAUUAUCCAGAGAGAGGUUAUCGUAAGUCAAAUGUAACAAAGGGGAUUGCUCUGGCCAAUCACAUGAGAGGCAAUUAAUUAAAUGAACCAAUCAAAAUACAGAGUAAAGACUUGGAGGUGGCAAGCGCGGGAAAAUGGUACGACUUGUUUCACUUUGAGUUGCUUGGCAUGUGGCCGGUCACAGCAUUGAGGCGGGAAAUUUGCCAUAGGUGCGAAAACACUUAAUUACUAAACUGGUGAACAAAUUUUGACUAUCUUGAGUGCGUUUUGCUCGUAUAUGAUCUCAAAUGUAUUUUGUGUUUGUAAAGGUGACAAAAAGAAAAAGAAGAAGUCUGGGAGUGGCUCCAGUACCUCUUCAAAUAGCCGUUCAUCGACCCCUACGAUUUCUACAGACGGCGCUGCUAAUACCAUUGCUGCCGCUGCUACAAAGCUGAGUCAGGACAGACCAGGGACUCCCUGUAAGUAUAUCCCCACUAUUUUCCGGGUACGUAGAUGAAAUUGUAUGGAGUGACCGCAUAAAUGAAACCUAUUUAGCAAAACCUUCGUCAGGUACUAGUUCUUUCACAGUAUUUUAAAAACUAGCAUUUUGGAUGUUGUUCCAUUCGUUCCAGAUCAGUUUCAUGUUCCCCGUGUUGAAACAAUUUUUUUAAAAUUGUCUGGGUUUUUGUAGCAAAAUCAAAGAAGCGCCCAGCAAGUGCAAGUAAAAAAGGUACCCCUGGCGAAGAGGGAAGUCCAGCAAGCAAAAAACCUCGUGUAUCCCCGGCACCUUCCGCUGGAGGGGCAGGAGGAGGCUCAAGAACAAGCACCCCAACACCGACCGGUAGUGAGGAAGGCCUUCAGGGAAUCACUGAAGAAGCCGUGAGAAGGUACCUCACAAGAAAGCCCAUGACCAGCAAGGACCUUUUGCAAAAGUUCAAGAGCAAACGAACGGACCUGUCAAAUGAUGAGACCGUGAAAAAGCUUGCUGCUAUUGUUAGAAAGAUACAACCCGAACAGAAGACCAUCAAAGGGAAACUUUAUCUGUCGCUUAAACCACAGAGCUGA